AUGUCACCUGAAAGGUAUGAACACUUGUUGUCCAUGGUUGCCCCUAGCAUUACAAAAAAGCCAUGUCGAAGUCGUCAAACAAUAUCACCCUCAGAGCGAUUGACUGUGACACUGAGAUACCUGGCUACUGGAGAUUCACAACUAACACAAGCUUUUUAUUUUAGACUGGGCAGAACAACAGUAUGCAACAUUAUAAAUGAAACAACAAAGGCUAUUUGGGAUGUGUUAAAACCAUGUUAUUUAAAGGCACCAAGUACAUUAAAUGAGUGGGAAGAAUUGGCAAACCAAUUUGAAAAUGAAUGGAAUUUUCCUAAUUGA